UAAAGAACACAAGGAACAGGUGUUGAUGAUUACAAAUCGAUAUGAGUAAAGUGAAACAUGAAUAACCUCACGAAAGAAGAAGAAGCUGGCUUGGCGGUUCUCGAGAAUUUAACGUCCAACGUUAAGCAAAUACAAGAUGAGGUACUGAAAGAGAUACUAACAUGUGAUGCCAACACAGAGUACCUUCGGAGUUUUCUGCAUGGGAGUUCGGACAAAGAUCUUUUUAAAAAGAAUGUUCCGAUAGGGACCUAUGAAGAUUUUAAGCCAUACAUCGAGCGUGUCGCGAAUGGCGAAUCCUCAGAGAUCAUUUCGGGCAGGCCUAUUACUGGAUUUGCACUAACGUCUGGAACUUCGGGAGGAAAACAGAAGUUAAUACCUUUGAACAACAAAUACGUGGAGAAUGCUAGAUUUUUAUCUGAUAUUCGCUACCUUGUUUUAUCCAAGCAUAUCGAGGGUCACAACAAAGGAAAAGGGUUGCAUCUCCUUUUCCUUAAACCAGCUUCCAAAACUCCAUCUGGUUUGCCAGCUUCAUAUGCUACUACACAUCUCAUGAAAAGCGAUUAUUUUGUCAAGAACCCACCAUCAUAUUGGGAUACUUCGAGCACAAGUCCCAGUGAGAUCAAGUUUUGUCAUGACACUAAGCAGAGUCUCUAUUGUCAUCUUCUUUGUGGUCUUGUCAUGAGAGAUGAAGUAACAAGAGUAAGUUCUGGCUUUGCCUCUGUCUUGGUUCAAGGAAUCACUUUUCUUGAGAAAUUUUGGAAAGAAAUGUGCAGUAACAUACGAUCAGGUCAGCUUAGUGAUUGGAUCACCAAUCUUAGCUGCAGAGACUCUGUUUCUAAGGUACUUGGAGGACCUAAUCCUCAGCUGGCAGUUACAAUAGAAGACAUAUGCAACCAAAAAUCAUGGAAAUGUAUCAUUCCACAGCUUUGGCCUAGAACCAAAUUUAUCGAAUGCAUUUUUACAGGACAGAUGGCUCAACAUAUUCCAUUAUUGGAGUUUUAUGGCAAUGAUCUGCCUCUCGUUUCAAGAAAUUAUGUGUCUUCUGAGGCCUUCUUUGGGGUAAAUUUGAAUCCUCUAUGCAAACCACAAGAUGUAUCCUACACAUUUAUGCCGAAUAUGUCAUACUUCGAGUUUAUACCGGUUGGUGAAGGAGACGACACAAUUGUUGAUCUUGUGAACGUUAAGUUAGGUCGCUACUAUGAACUCAUAGUCACCAAUUAUGCGGGUUUACACCGUUAUAGGGUGGGUGAUAUUCUACAGGUGACUGGAUUUUACAAUAGCGCACCACAGUUUAGAUUUAUUCGAAGACAAAACGUGGUCUUAAGUGUUUACUUGGAGGCAACAACGGAAGAAGACCUUUUAAACGCAGUGACUAAUGCAACACAACUACUUAAAUCUUCAGACAUAAUGUUGAGGGAUUUCACAUGCUAUCCUCAUAUCUCUACCGUUCCAGGUCACUAUGUUCUUUAUUGGGAACUUAAAGGCAACAAAAACGAUGACAUUAUUGAGCUAAUUGAGACCAAUGUUAUGGUGGAAUGUUGCUCGGUAAUAGAGGAAUCACUUGAUGCUCUUUACAGAAAAUUUCGAAGCAAAGAUGGAUCAAUUGGAGCAUUAGAGAUAAGGGUGGUUCAACGAGGAACGUUUGACUCUCUCAUGGAAUAUUUCACAGCUCAAGGUGCUUGUUUAGGUCAAUACAAGACACCUAGAUGCAUAAAAUCCUCUGAGGCCUUGGAAGUUCUUGAAAACAGGGUCAUGGCUUGUUUUUUUAGCGAUAAGUUACCUCAUGUGGACACUACUCUGUGUUAAUGGGUGGCCAACUUCAAUAUAUUCAUAAAUAAACGCUUUAUCGCGUAUUGAAUGAUUAUAUUAAAAUCUCCUGGAAAAACUUGAACCAAAAGCUUAUAAAUUCUUGUUUCACUUGCA